GGUCAGUGAGCAGCAUGCAAUGCUGCCUCUCUGAACAGUGAACAGAGAGGAGCAAACAUUGCUUUCAGACACAAACUAACUACACACAAACCCAACAACCAUUCCCUCAUGAGGCUGUGGAGCCCUCGGGUCUCUCAGACGGUCUGGGUACCCUCGCAGAGCUGCAGCAGUUCUCACACAGCGUUGGGAUUAUUUCUGAUCAGUCGGAGAAAUUCACCUGAAAGUGAGCAUGAGAUCACCGUACUUCCCGGCGAGGUCGGUGCUCUUCCACAAGGAGCCCAGCGGAGUGACGUACAGAGUCCCGGCUCUGCUGUACCUCAGCCGCUUCAGGUCAUUUCUGGCUUUCUGUGAGGAGAGGCUGACCCCGUCGGACUCUCAGGCUCACCUGCUCGUAAUGAGGAAAGGCACCUUCUACAGGAACUAUGUGGAGUGGAAGGACAUGCGUGUUCUGGGCACGGCCUUACUGCCCGGUCACAGGUCCAUGAACCCCUGUCCGGUGUACGACGAGUUCACCGGCAUCCUCUUCCUGUUCUUCAUCGCCGUCCUUGGCCACACCUCGGAGUCCUACCAGCUGGUCACCGGGGACAACGUGACCAGACUCUGCUACAUCUCCAGCACUGAUGGAGGAGACACCUGGAGCCCAGCCACAGACCUCACCGAGGCCGUCAUAGGAGGCACUAUCAAAGACUGGGCCACCUUCGCCCUGGGCCCGGGUCACGGCAUCCAGCUGAAGUCGGGCCGCCUGCUGAUCCCCGCCUACGCCUACCACAUCGACUGCAGAGAGUGCUUCGGCCAGCUCUGCCUGACCACCCCGCGCGCCUUCUGCUUCCACAGCGACACCCACGGGAGGAGCUGGCGCUUCGGCGAGCCCAUCCCGGCGCCGGAGAGCGUGGAGUGUCAGAUGGUGUCCGUGGACGAAGAAGACGGCUCCAACGUGCUGUACUGUAACGCCCGCAGCCCUCUGGGCUACAGGGUGCAGGCCCUCAGCCUGGAUGACGGAGCCGUGUUUCAGGAGGGGCAGCUGGUGCAGAGCCUGGUGGAGCCUAGAAACGGUUGCCAUGGAAGCGUUGUUGGGUUUCCCGCUCCGUUACGUCCCUGUGAAGCUCAUGGUGGACGCAGGCCCCCCUGCAGACACUGGACGUCCUUAAUGGGCCCCACUGAUCGCUCCCACUCUGCUCCCCGACCAGACUUCCUGACCCCCACCUGGGUGGUGUACUCCCACCCAACGUGGAGCACCGCGCGCAGAGAUCUGGGUGUGUUCCUCAGCCUGUUCCCACGCGAUCCGGACAGCUGGCGUGGCCCCUGGGUGAUCUACGAGGGCCCCAGCGCCUACUCGGAUCUGGCCUACCUGGAGCUGUCGCCGUCACCGGGAGAGCCUCCAGCUGUGGCCUUCGCCUGCUUGUUUGAGUGCGGCACCAAGACGGCCUACGAUGAAAUCUGCUUCAGCGUCUUCAGCCUCUACGAACUGAUCAACAAUCUGCCCGGAGCCGCGGCAGAACCGCGAACUAACCGCAGGGAAAACGAAACUCAGCAGGCCGACUGUGAGAUGGGUGGAGAACACGAGCCACGAAAUGCUCCGGUCGUCCAUCAGAUGGCUCAUGUGAAGAAGAAGAAGAAGAAGAAGAGGAGGAGGAGGAGGAAGCUGAUGAAGAUGUGCUUUGUUUCUUAAAUAUUUAAAAACAGAAAAACUA